AUGUCAGGCUUCAAACACGCGUUUAGUCUCUCAAAGGCCGAAGUUCGCAAUGCGACACCCCCGGGUACCACAACUCUUAUUGAGCAUCUCGAAUGGACUGCAUCAAAUCAGAUUCACGAUGAAGUUCGCCUCGUGCCCCAGCCUACGGCCGACCCGGCCGACCCAUUGAAUUUUUCACGAUUGCGCAAGUCUGGGAUUCUGUUCAGCAUGUGCCUCGUUCCAUUCGUGGUCAAUUUCACUAGUGCCUCGAUUUCAAGUGCGCUUCCGGUCUAUGCUGCCACUCCCAUCUUCGGGCUCCCACCCAAGCCGUUUUCCGAAUUGACGCAUUUGCUUGCUGUCAACAUUCUUAUGCUCGGAGCGUCGAACCUGCUUUGGGUACCGCUUUCGUACAUUAUCGGACGGCGGCCGGUCAUGUUGCUCAGCUUGCUGUUGUUGACAUUAUCCUCAAUGUGGGCUGGGCUCACGACUAGUUUUGACAGCUUGCUAGCAGCGAGAAUUUUCAUGGGCGUUGGUGGAGGUCCCGCAGAUGCAGUUUCACCCGACGUUGUCGGAGAGAUCUUCUUUGUGCAUCAACGUGGUAGAGUAAUGGCAUUUUACACCGUGUUCUUGGCUGCGGGUUCCUUUGUUGGGCCUAUGGCUGGUGGUUACAUCGCCUCACAUAACGGCCUGGCUUGGAUUCACUGGACGAACGUAAUACUCUCGGCCAUCGCUUUUGUCGUCUGCUUCUUCCUACAACCCGAGACUCUAUACCAGCGCCCAAUUCCUGCCGUGCUGGAGAGCGCUGAUAGUCCCGACAAGUCCGUCACAGUGACCAAAGAAAACGUGGGCGCUACGACCACAUCGACUGCCAAUGACCAGUCUUCGUAUGCUCCGUAUACCUUUGUCCGGUCUCUCAAGCUCUUCACUUGGCACGGCGGCGUUGGUAAGAAGUUUCUCGCUCCAUACCUUACACUUCGUCUCCCAGGCGUCUGGCUAGUGUCGUUGUGGUAUGCUGGCCUCGUUGGUGCCAUCGUGACGAUCAGUGCAGUGGGCGCACAAAUAGUUUCAUCUCCGCCAUACUUGUGGGGAGCAAACGCAGGCCUUAUCAACGCCGGUGCGCUCGUCGGCUCUGUCCUCGGUGCCAUCUACACUUACUUCGUUGCCGACUUCACCACCAAGCGACUUGCGAAGAAAGACAUCCAUGGAUACAGCGAACCUGAGUCUCGUAUCGUUACUGCUAUUCCUGCCCUAUUCAUCUCGACGGCCGGUACCAUCAUCCUCGGGCUUGUUGCUCAGAACCCUUCACCCAAAGGAUGGGUAGGAUUACAGAUCGCCUUUGGCAUGGUCGCUUUUGGAUUGAUGCAAGCACCUAGUGUCGGAUUCAACUACAUCAUCGAAUCCUACCCUACGAUUGCAGGAGACUGCUUCGUCGCCAUUACUUGCUCAAGGGCCAUCAUUGCUUUCGCGUGGACGUUCUUUGUGGGUACUUGGACACACGAUGCAGGUUACGCACAACCCUUUGGUAUUUUUGGCAUGUUGCUAGGAAUUUUCGGGUUGUUAACUGUGCCAUACUGGAUCUGGGGCAAGAGAUUCAGGAUCGCCACAGCUCCCUGGGUCGAAAGUCUUCUCUGA